AUGCCAGCCACUAUUUUGGAUAUCGGUUUAGCUUUGGCCACUGUAACUGACAAUUCCUACGCCACUUUGUACUCUGAAGUUGAUUUCACCGGCGUUCAGUCCAUGAUUACUAAAUUACCAUGGUAUAGUACAAGAUUGGAGCCAGAAAUUUUAUCUGAAAUGUUAGACGUUAACAACUAA